AUGGCCCGCUUCUCAGUACCAACGACAGCAAGGCUACCGUCCUCAUUACGAAUUGAUGCGACCAAUCCUGCUGUUGUGAAGAGUCUCAACCGACUAUCACGAGAAGCACUUAUUUCCUUGGCAUUAGACUGGCUUGACGAUGAGAGUCUACCUAAUGCCGUGCCCUAUAUUGAGAGGAGAGAUGAGGACGAUGAAGCAGACGAUGACCUCUAUCCUCCUUGUCAGUCCAUUGACGAUCUUCAACAACUUUACAUUGACAUGCAACAACAAAAAGGGUCAAAACGAGAUGUUGUUAGUAGAAUCGUGGAGGGCGACUGGAGGAUUGGCCUAACGCUAUAUCAACUGGCCAUGGCAGAUAUGGCAUAUUUCGAGCAGAAUCCAACAUCUCAAAAAUGGUCGGCAUAUUCGAUUCUACCUCUCAAACAACCUUCUCAUGAUGCUGGCGAGGACCAAUUGCUUAAAGUCGACAAAGAGAACCUGAAGGUUCCACGCUUCCACCCAUCAACAUUCCUACAAAACCUUCAGACUCAUGUGCUACCAGACGUGAAGGCACAUUAUCACUUCCACAGACCAAAAGAUAUACCUGUCUUGAUCUUGCGAAUAUUCGUUGUUGACUCACCUUACAACACUGGUUCUGCUCUAUCAGGCCGAGACGCUGGUGGUGCGACCAAUUUCGACUCGUCACGAACUGUGUACAUUGCUUUCCCUGACGGUUCUCCCUCACUAUACAUCACCAAGUCUCAAGGCACUGGCUCUGCUGGCUCAGGCGAAUCCAAGAGUUUACAAAGUCUGAUUGUUGAUGGCGUUCCUAAGGCUCUUUCACGUCCCCGUGAACGAUACACACUCAAAUCAGGGAACCUCUCAAGCAAGAACUUGGAUGCUUUGUUAGAAAAGAAGGGAUCUGGGCGCAUGAACGCUGCAGGUGGCGGCUGGAGCAUCUAUACCAACGAAUCAACAAAAGUAUCGCCGUUGGACACUGUUCUUCCAAGCCCACCCUUAUCUCGGGACUCAUCAUUUACCAGCCUCAAGCGCGGAGCGCCUUUGACUGAACGACAACAGGCAUCGAAAAAGGCAAGACUUGCUGCCAAAGCUCGAUUUGGUGAUACGGGCAUUGUCACAGAUGGAAAGGGGGUCGAAAAGGUUGACAUUGUGAUACAAGAUCCAUUCCCUACAAAUGUGGACUUGAGCGAAGCAGAUGACAGCGGCAACGAGGAUGGUGCAGAGGAUGGCAGGAAAAGUCGACGGAAAAGUAAGAUUGACGCAGUCAUUCGAGAGGCGAAUGUCGCAACGGAAGAGGACGGCAGAAAUGAUGCGACCACGUCCCAAAGGUGGACGCCCACCAUCAAAAUUUCAUUCUCCGGCAAUCAUGUUUGGGCCGGCGUACGCCAACUUGUUGAGGCUGGGAUAAUAGAUGGAGAGAAGAUGCCUGGUUGGAUGACGGGCGAGGAGGGAGUAACAACAGGACUGGUUAGGCACGGACGGAUACGCGGGCACAAAGGCUCUGGUAUGUGA